AUGCUGUCCGCCGCCAUUCAGAUUCUGGCGUUUGCCCUGGCGCUCCUGGGCGUCCUUGGCGCCACCGUAGCCACUCUGCUACCCAACUGGAAGGUGAGCAUCAACGCCUGGUCCAGCAUCAUGACGCCCGUGUCGCAGAUGCAGGGUCUGUGGAUGGACUGCGUGUGUUACAGCUCCGGCGUCUUCAGCUGCACCGUGAAGAACUCGCUGCUGUCGCUGCCGGCGCACCUGCACGCCAUGCGGGCCGCCAUGGUUCUGUCCUGCAUGGUGGCGUCGUUCGGACUCUGCCUCGCCUCCCUGGGCCUCAAAUGUACCCGCUGGGGGGGCGACCACCGAGCCAAGGGGCACACAGCCGUCGCUGCAGGAGGCUGCUUCGUCCUGGCCAGCCUCCUCUGCCUCGUCCCGGCGUCCUGGUUCACCAACGAGGUCAUCACCGCCUUCCUGACCACGGACCUGCCGGACAGCAGCAAGUACCAGCCGGGGGGGGCGCUGUGCGUGACGUUCAUCUCCGCUGGUUUCCUCCUGGCCGGAGGGGUCAUCUUCUGUUUGUCAUGUCCUGGAAAGAGAACGAGCCGACCGGACUACGCUUCCUCCGACGGCGGCGCCCGACCCGUGCGGCACGAUGACGAGCAGCAGAGACGGCCGGCGCCGAAACAAAGACUCAACAAAACCGUCCAGAUGCAGACGGACGAGGUGAAGCAGGAGAAACCUGAGUCUCCUCCAGAAGACGUCAGGGACAGCUACAGUCUCCAAGAGUAUGUUUAG